AAGUCCCUUUCUUUUUUUCUAUCUGUCUGUUUCUCAGAGAUAAAUUCUGUAAUACAAACCAUAAAAGAAGUAGGUCAGUCACUGCCUUUUUUUAAACUCUCCAAACCACAAAGGAAAGAUUGUUCAAAGUAGUGUGGGUUCAAGUUGUUACUAGCCUGUUGCCACAAAAGUGUUUAUAGAAAUACUUAAGCAGUCACUUUUGUAAAAUUCUUCUAUGGUAUCAUUCUUACCAUCACUUCACAUCCUACUCUGAGGUGAUUCAGUUCUUCCACAGGGAUGUGGCCUAUAGGACAUAUUUCAUUGCACAGUCAUGAGUCAUAAGAACCUUUGCAGAACCGGCCAGGCACACUAUAAAUUCAUCCUACCCUCCAUGUGAACUGCAGAAACCUUGGAGACACCCAGAGCAGCAGUGUUUCUCCCUGCACAAAACAAGCUCCAGGACAAUGGAUACAUUGAAUAAAGCAAACACAAGCUUUGCUCUUGACUUUUUCAAACAGCAAUUGCAGGAAGAUGGUGACAAGAAUAUUUUGUUCUCUCCUUGGAGUAUUUCAUCUGCCCUGGCUACUGUUUAUUUGGGAGCCAAAGGUAACACUGCAGAUCAGAUGGCAAAGGUACUUCACUUCAACCAAGCUGAAGGAGCCAAAAACGUCACCACAACCAUAAGAAUGCAGGUCUAUGCCAGAACAGAAGAGAGUUUAUCAAAUCGACGUGCAUGUUUCCAGAAGACAGAGAUCGGCAAAUCAGAUAAUAUCCAUCCUGGAUUUAAAGCACUCAGCUUUGAAAUCAACCAACCCACUAGAAACUACCUACUUAAAAGUGUCAACCAGCUUUAUGGAGAAAAAUCAUUGCCUUUCAGUAAGGAAUACUUAUUUUUAGCCAAGAGAUACUACGGUGCGGAGCCACAAUCAGUCGACUUUGUGGGAGCAGCAGAUGCAAUCAGGAGAGACAUCAAUUCCAGUGUUGAACAACAGACUGAAGGUAAAAUCCAGAAUCUGCUGCCUCCUGGAUCCGUAGAUUCACUCACCAGGCUAGUCCUGAUAAAUGCACUCUACUUCAAAGGAAAUUGGGCAACAAAGUUUGAAGCUGCAGCUACCAGGCAAAGGCCUUUCAGAAUAAACAUGCAUACAACUAAAUCAGUGCCCAUGAUGUACCUGAGGGAUAAAUUUAACUUAAACUACAUAGAAUCAGUUCAGGCUGAUGUUCUUGAGCUUCCAUACGUCAAUAACGACCUCAGCAUGUUCAUCCUGCUACCAAGUGACAUCUCUGGCUUACAAAAGCUAGAAAGAGAAUUGACUUUUGAAAACUUGUCUACAUGGACAAAUCCAGAACUAAUGGAGAAAAUGAACAUGGAAGUUUAUCUGCCCAGGUUCACAUUAGAAGAGAAAUAUGACCUCAAGUCUACUUUGAGCAGGAUGGGGAUACAAGAUGCCUUCACAGAAGGUCAAGCUGAUUUCACAGCAAUGUCCAAGACUGGUGAUCUGUUUUUGUCACAAGUUUUCCACAAGUGUUACCUGGAAGUCAAUGAAGAAGGCACAGAGGCAGCAGCUGCCAGUUCAGCAACACUGGCAUCACGAAGUCUUGGUGCUACUGUUAUCUUUUUGGCAGAUCACCCUUUCCUCUUCUUUAUCAGGCACAACAAGACCAAGACUAUUCUCUUCUUGGGAAGGUUUUCUUCCCCCUAAAAACCCGAUUACUAAACAGGUUAUUGCAACAAGAAAAAUGAACUAAAUACACACCACAAGGAACAUCUCAAUAACCAGUGCACUUCUCAAUUUUCCUGUACUGUUGACAAAUCUCUCAAUGUUAGAGGAGAGUAUUUAUGAAAAAUAACCUCAAAUUUAUGCCUCUGGCUCAUUUUCCUGGCCAAAUAACCCCAAAAUGCUAGCACUACACGCUAAGUACCAAACUGUGCAAAGAAGAACAUUACUGUGUUUUUUAGCACUUUCUGAACUAGAACUUCCACAAUUCAGAACAGACUGAUCUGAGCUCAACCAGUAAUAUUAAAUUUUGGUACCUAAGAAGACGAAAACCCAGGAAUAUCUCCUUUCAGAAUGCUGCUGCAUCUCCAUUGGUUUCAGCUCAUGCUGAUCCCUAAGGCAGGCUUCUCACCCGCCUUCUUGUCAGUUUUUUACCAGCUCUGCACUCUGGCAGAACUGGCAAUGAAAUAAACCUGCAAAAUCUCC